GGCUUAUUGAGAGUUAUAUCAAGAAUUUCAGUUCAGAGAGAGAGAGGGAGAAGGAGAGAGCAGCUAAAGAGGGAGAAGCACCGCCAGACCAACUCUUGCCAUUUCCAGUCAGAAGUUGCAGACUUCAUGUAGCUGCCUCUGCUCUGCCGAGAGAGGGACGGGAAUGGUGUGCAGUGCAGAGUGGAAAAUACCCCCGCUCUAAGAAGUGCACCGGAUUUUUUCUCUUGCUGUUUGUUUGGGUUGUUGCGUGCACGUUAGGCACCCAAAGGAUCGCCGCUUCAUAGGAAUGAAACGUGGAGAGGAUGACUAACGACAGAACUGUGAAUUUGUUCCCUGGAGUUGCUAAUUUGCCACCCUGAAGCAACACAUAUCUCGAGGAGGAAGCGUUUGGCUGCUGCUGAUUUCUCCAAAACUGGUGGUUUACCAGAUGCAUUGUGCUCUAUCUGCUGGAACAGAUCAUUGCUUAGCUGCAGCAGAUCGUCAAAGGUAGACAACUAACUGGUGUCUCCAAAUAAGAAAUGAGAUGUAAUGCAUCCUGCAGUCCAUGCAUGCCUCCUCUUGCAAAUCACGCAUCAUUCCUCUCUGGAAACCUUUAAGUCCUAAAAUCCGUGAAAAGAGAAUAAAAACAUUAUCAUGGACCUGAGGGAUUUUUACCUGUUGGCUGCUUUGAUUGCCUGUCUAAGGCUGGAUUCUGCUAUAGCUCAAGAACUUAUUUACACUAUUAGAGAGGAACUGCCUGAAAACGUGCCCAUAGGGAACAUACCAAAGGACCUGAACAUUUCUCAUAUCAAUGCUGCCACAGGGACCAGUGCCAGCCUUGUCUAUAGACUGGUGUCUAAAGCAGGGGAUGCACCUCUGGUCAAAGUGUCCAGUAACACGGGGGAAAUCUUUACAACAUCUAACAGAAUAGACAGAGAAAAACUGUGUGCUGGAGCUUCCUAUGCAGAAGAAAAUGAGUGUUUCUUUGAACUUGAAGUGGUGAUUCUCCCUAAUGACUUUUUUAGGUUGAUCAAAAUUAAAAUCAUUGUAAAAGAUACUAAUGACAAUGCGCCUAUGUUUCCAUCCCCUGUCAUCAAUAUCUCCAUCCCAGAAAACACUCUGAUCAACAGUCGCUUUCCAAUCCCAUCAGCAACAGAUCCUGACACAGGUUUCAAUGGUGUGCAGCACUAUGAGUUGUUAAAUGGGCAGAGUGUCUUUGGACUGGAUAUUGUAGAAACUCCAGAAGGGGAGAAAUGGCCUCAGCUGAUUGUGCAGCAGAAUUUGGACAGAGAGCAAAAGGACACCUACGUGAUGAAAAUCAAAGUGGAGGAUGGAGGUACCCCCCAGAAAUCCAGCACAGCUAUCCUGCAAGUCACAGUAAGUGAUGUCAAUGAUAACAGGCCAGUCUUUAAAGAGAGUCAAGUAGAGGUUCAUAUACCAGAGAAUGCCCCUGUAGGCACCUCUGUAAUUCAGCUUCAUGCUACAGAUGCUGAUAUAGGAAGCAAUGCAGAAAUCAGAUAUAUUUUUGGUGCCCAAGUCGCCCCUGCAACCAAAAGAUUUUUUGCUUUAAACAACACCACAGGGCUGAUUACAGUUCAGAGGUCCUUAGAUCGAGAAGAGACUGCUAUUCACAAAGUGACAGUGCUGGCUAGUGAUGGUAGCUCUACACCAGCCCGGGCAACUGUCACCAUCAAUGUCACUGAUGUAAACGAUAACCCUCCUAACAUAGACCUCAGGUACAUAAUAAGUCCCAUCAAUGGCACAGUGUACUUAUCUGAGAAAGAUCCCAUCAAUACAAAGAUUGCACUAAUUACAGUUUCAGAUAAGGACACUGAUGUGAAUGGCAAAGUGAUCUGUUUCAUUGAGAGAGAGGUCCCCUUCCACUUGAAAGCAGUUUACGACAACCAGUAUUUGUUAGAGACCUCUUCCUUGUUGGACUAUGAGGGCACCAAAGAAUUCAGCUUUAAAAUUGUGGCUUCUGAUUCUGGCAAGCCCAGUUUGAACCAGACUGCCCUGGUAAGAGUUAAGCUGGAGGAUGAAAAUGACAACCCUCCGAUUUUCAGCCAGCCUGUAAUUGAGCUGUCAGUUUCUGAAAACAACCGACGUGGUCUAUACUUAACAACUAUUAGUGCCACAGAUGAAGACAGUGGGAAAAAUGCAGACAUUGUUUAUCAGCUUGGUCCUAAUGCCUCCUUUUUCGAUCUGGAUCGAAAGACAGGAGUUUUGACAGCCUCCAGAGUUUUUGACAGAGAAGAGCAGGAACGUUUCAUUUUCACUGUUACAGCCCGAGACAACGGCACCCCUCCUUUGCAGAGUCAAGCAGCUGUAAUUGUUACUGUGUUGGACGAGAAUGACAACAGUCCCAAAUUUACUCAUAAUCAUUUCCAGUUUUUCGUAUCAGAGAACUUACCAAAGUAUAGCACAGUGGGGGUGAUCACAGUGACUGAUGCAGAUGCUGGGGAGAAUAAAGCAGUGACCCUCUCCAUCCUGAAUGACAAUGAGAACUUUGUGCUGGAUCCAUACUCUGGAGUUAUAAAGUCCAACGUUUCUUUUGAUCGAGAACAGCAGAGUUCUUACACCUUUGAUGUUAAGGCAGUGGAUGGAGGGCAACCUCCUCGCUCUUCUACAGCAAAAGUGACAAUAAACGUGAUGGAUGUUAAUGAUAACAGUCCUGUUGUCAUCUACCCACCUUCUAAUACUUCUUUUAAGCUAGUGCCACUCUCAGCAAUUCCAGGAUCGGUGGUAGCCGAAGUCUUUGCUGUGGAUAUAGACACUGGCAUGAACGCUGAACUGAAGUACACGAUUGUAAGCGGCAAUAACAAAGGUUUGUUUCGGAUUGAUCCAGUGACAGGUAAUAUCACUCUGGAAGAAAAACCAACUCCUAAUGAUGUGGGGCUGCAUCGCUUAGUUGUCAACAUAAGUGAUUUGGGUUAUCCCAAAUCCCUGCAUACUCUUGUGCUUGUAUUUCUAUAUGUAAAUGAUACUGCUGGAAAUGCCUCCUAUAUUUAUGACCUGAUACGCAGGACUAUGGAAACACCUUUGGAUCGGAACAUAGGGGACAGUAGCCAACCCUACCAAAAUGAGGACUAUCUCACAAUCAUGAUCGCUAUUGUGGCGGGUGCCAUGGUUGUCAUAGUGGUGAUAUUUGUCACGGUUCUUGUUCGCUGUCGGCAUGCUUCCAGAUUCAAAGCUGCCCAGAGGAGCAAGCAAGGUGCUGAGUGGAUGUCUCCCAAUCAGGAAAACAAGCAAAACAAGAAAAAGAAAAGGAAGAAAAGGAAAUCUCCAAAGAGCUCCCUUUUGAACUUUGUGACCAUUGAGGAGUCCAAACCUGAUGAUGCAGUUCAUGAACCUAUCAACGGGACAAUAAGCCUUCCAGCAGAGCUGGAGGAGCAAAGUAUAGGAAGAUUUGAUUGGGGCACAGCACCACCAUCAACCUUUAAGCCUAACAGUCCUGAUCUUGCCAAGCAUUACAAAUCUGCCUCUCCGCAGUCUGCUUUUCAUCUCAAACCUGACACUCCAGUUUCAGUGAAAAAGCACCAUGUGAUUCAGGAACUCCCGUUGGACAACACCUUUGUUGGUGGUUGUGACACCCUUUCCAAACGCUCUUCCACUAGUUCAGAUCACUUCAGUGCCUCAGAGUGCAGUUCCCAAGGAGGCUUCAAGACAAAGGGCCCCUUACACACCAGACAGUGUGUUGUUUGGGUUAGGCUUCAGUAGUCUCUUCAAGCUUAAAUAUGAUCCUUCUGCACAAAACUUCCCACACCUUAUGCUCUGUGUACAUCAAAGCAAACAAAACUAGUUAAGUGGUCUGGAGGCAGGAUACACUGUACCCAUGGGUGAGUAAGAAUGAUUUAUGCGACAGUAUGCUGAGAUACAUAGUGAUGGGUGGUAAGCAUAUAGAUCAUGUAAUCACACUUGUGGCUACUGCUACAGUAGAAAGGCUAAGAUCUUGCUGAAUUCCUGAAGGAUGAGAUAGUAGAGCAAAAAACAAGUCAGAUCUGAGAAAUUAAAUGCUACAACAAUAAAUAUCUCAGUUACCUAAUAGCUUUAUUUUAAAUUUUCCUCUAUUUUGUGGUUGAUUGUGACGCUUUAGCUGUUUGUUGUUGUUUGUUUGCUUGUUUGUUUUAAAUUUAUUUGCUUAUUUAUUUUCUCUUUUUCAGAAUUAAAAUAUCUAAAUAUUUAGUCAAUUUUUUUCUAAGUUAAAAAUUGUGGUUGUAUAUGUCACUAAAGACCUUAAUGCAACUAAUGACCAAACAAGCUUUUGUUUGUUUAGGCUUCACUAGAUAAUCAAUCACAAAUCCUGACUGGGACCUCAUAACUGUUACUUUUUCACAUCAGUAAAAUUAAACCAAGGUUUACAACUUUAAAUUAAUCAAACUGAUGAAAGGCCAGGGAUUUUUAAAUUUUCUUUUUCCUAAGAAGUAGAUAAUUUUGACUUCUGUCUAUAUGGGAAAAAUAAGGUAGAGAUAUACAUGAUUGGAGAUAGAAAUCUUGCAGCUGUGUGCAUGUGCAUAUGAGAGAGAAAAAAUACCCAGACAGAUAGAUUAUUUCGCAGUGUAAAAAUGUUGUAUUAAAAAGAAAAACGCUGGUGUUUGCUGAGAAUCUUGUAUUUAACAAGAGCAGCCCUGGAAAGGAAUGCUCCCAGUAAUCUCUCUUUAACUGACUCAAGUGGAAGAAAGCCAAGUUGUUCGGUUGCACAAUGGGUUGCAAUCAUGUGGGAGAGUUCCCGGUUGGGAGUUGGAAACUGAAGACCUGACGUGCAUAAGUGAAUGAAGCUACGCUAUGUGAUUUAAGUUUUUUGUCUCCCUCCUUAAAAAUACAGCCUUUGUCUGGGUGCUGAAGAGGUGACAUUGUGAGACACAAAAUCAGUUUAAAAUUGGCAUUUUGGAUAUCGGUAAUAAUUUGUCCUGACAUUAUGGCUACUGGUUGUGUUUGUGACAAGCAGGCUUGAUCCAAGGGGCACUGUGAGAGCCAAAUUUAAUAGAGGACCAUUGUAAUUUUCUGCCUUGCGGACAGCAGAGACUUUCUAAUGUUUCUCCACCACAACAAUCAAGGAUUACUAAAUAACAAGUCCACAGGACUGGGGGAGGAUUGAAAGGAUUAAUGGAGUAUGACAAAAUUGCACCUGAGGGGGAAAAUCUGUAGCAGUUUUUGUAUCCUGAUGUGGUACAUCAGGCAAAUUGGCAAUUGCUACUGAUCUUUACACAUGCAUGUCUACAAAUAAAGUGGGUGAAAAUCAAGCAGAUGUAACUAUGAGGCUAAGGUUGUCAUAAACAUUCAUGUCAUCAACUGCAUAAAUCACUUAAUACUAUCGUUUUAAGUAUUUUGAUCAACUAUAUUAAGCAUCAGUGGAUUGUAGGCACUGUACCAAAUCAUUUUUUACUCCACUAUAACCUCUUAUCCAGAUAAACUAAAUCCUAAAAAGAUUAAAAAUGUAGGGUUAGUCCAACCCUUCUUUUCAAAGAUAAUUAAGGAAUACAGUUCCUGUUCAGGAAGACUGUUUUCAGCUUUAGAACUUUAAAAAAAACCCAAAAUACAUAAAAAUUGGUUUGCAGUCUGCAUUCAUAUGCUGACCUGAUGUUAACUAACUCCUACUGCCCCUCUGAUAAAUAACAUUUCAAAACAAUAGCAAUCCUAGCCCUGAGUUCUUAUGGGAUAUUAAUGUUUUUUAAUAAAAUGUUUAGCACUAUUAAAUAUGAGCAGUUCGAAACACAGCAGUUUGUUAACAGAUACUUGAUUUCUUUUCACACUGGUUUAAACCAAAAAUCCCACCACUGGUUGCAGUGGAUUGUACAUGAAAUAGAAACAAGGAGAAGCAAGAAGAGAAUUACUCAUCUUUAUUUUUAAAACUAUUUUCUUUGAAAAGGAACUUAAUAUGCAAUAAACAUUGUUUAUUACCUCUCUAAGAAAAGGAUAACUAGGGAGCAUUUUUUUUGGCUUCAUGGAAAUUUCGAUUUGAUGUGUUCAUAGUAUCUGACUUAACCUUUAGAUCAUGGUACUUUUCUUUUCCUCCCUGUUUGGAGGGUUUCCUAUUAGGGAAAAUAGCAACUGGUGCAAAUGGUUAAAAUUUAUAGGUCUACACAAGAAACAGUAAAUUAAAGAAGAGAAAUCACAUACACACAGUUGCAAUCUGAGGUCAUCUUUCAUUGAUUGUGAAUUGUUUAAGGAAAUGUUUCUUCAGCAGCAUUGACUGAAGGUCAUGUUGUUAUUUGGACUUUUGACUAGUGCAACAGCAAACGAUUCAUUAAUUCCAUUAGCCAUCCUUUCUGCACACUGGGAAAAGCUAAUGUAAUUGUCAACUAUUCCUACUGUAUACUUAAGCUGUCAAGGAUCCUGGAAGGCUUCAGUUAUUCUCUUUGAAGAUAUCAAAGGAAGGGGUGGGCUAUUUUGUGUCUUUAAAACAGAAAUAGAGAAAAAAAUGUGCCACAUAAUGUAAGCUAAAAGGCUUCUUUUUAACCUGAAAUGACACUCAAAUGCAGUAAUGCUGGGUGACUGGUAAAGCUUCUGGUUUUUGGUUUUGGGUUUUUUGUUUAUUUGUUUGUUUUUAAUAAGAAGUGUUAAAUGCAGGCUCUCAGUGCACCAUUAAACCUGUCUUGUCUCCAGAAGCAACUCCAGGGAUUUCUUGUUUCCAUUCCCUUCAGGUUCCCAAGGCAGUUUGAUCUCACCUGUGCGCUGCUGUGUGUGGUGGACAGGCGAGUGUAGCAUGACUGUAGUCAAUGGGCUUGCUGUGUUCUUCUUGCAUGGAUAUUAGGCAAAAUUGUGGUGCAUACACAUUUUAUAGCUUGUCACGGUGAAGUUUCUGGUGGCUUAGUGGACAGCAAAAGCAAAAAACAUCACGUGGAGCUGCAAAAUUAUUGGUAUUUUUCCCUGCUGUUAACAGUGAUGACAGCUGAAAGCCUAGUCUACUAUAUUUAGCAGGAAAAAGCAAAGAGGGGUUCCAGGAUGAGUAGCCCAAAGUGGUUUGCAUCUGAACUGCAAUUUCUGCCCUCCUAGUGAUCACUGCUAUAGGCAGUGUUUUACAGACAGAGAGUAUUUUUUUCUCUGUAGAAGAGACAGCUGUGUUGAAAAGGCAGUGAAACUCUUUGGUACAAAAACUUAAUUUUAGCUUUGGUUAAAAGAGAAUAUAGGUAAGCAAAUCCAUGUACCGUGGAUUUUUGCAAAUUCACGUGGGGAUGAGUUUUGUCCACCCUGAAAAGGAAAAAUGUGCUCUCCUGCAAAUCUUAAUGUCCCAGGCAUCCUCGGUGGUGGUUAAAAAUCCACCAUCGGUCAUUACACAUUUCAGCAUAUUCCUUUUUUUCGGCAAUAAGGAAUGCAAAGCUGUCUUGUCCUUUGCAAAUACUUUGAGCUGUUCGGAUAACACAUUGCAGAGUGAAUGGACACAAAUCACAUAACCCUACUGUGCUCUGUUUGAAAGGAAAGUGCAACUUUUCAUUCAUUAUUGGCUAACUAAUUUUCUGGUAUGCUUUUCACACAGUUUUGAGUGGCAGUCCCACACCCCCAGUGCAUAAUUUCUUUAGUUGCAGUGCUGAAAACUUGGCUUUCUCUUUAAAGAUUUAAUUUUACUACCUGAUUGCAAAGUAAUUAGCAGUUUACUGCUUACUCUUUUGUCCUGAAAAAGGAAACACAUUUUGCAUACUUCUCCAGACAUAACAUUGUCACUGCGUGAUGAUUUUUCUCUAAAACAUGGAAAACUGUAGAAAAGGAGAUCCAUCUGUUGGGAAAGUUUUGCUCUGUGUGUGAUAUAAUGUAAUGAGUAAUCAUAAAUGUAAAACAAUUGAUGUGACAAUUUCCUAUAUAAUGAUUAUGCAGUAGUUAGUAGCCACAGUAUACUAUAUUACUCCUGUUAUGUAUUUUGGAGGUGGACGCUAUGGAUUCAUAACAUGAUUUAACUUGUAUAAGUAGUAUCAGUCCAUCUGAGGGAUAUUCUUUCCCCAGGUUGAGAAUUACAGAUUUACAGUGUUGAUUUUUUGAAUCUUAUCAGCCACUACAGAGUGGAAAAUAUUUAAGGAUAGCAGUGUAUGUGAUUCUGUAUGUUACUGAGUGUUAAAAUAAGCAAUCAGUUGAUUGUUAAAUAAACUAAUAUAUAUAUACAAUGCAUUAUAUUUAAGCGAGGAAUAGUUGCAAAAAUCAGGUGAAAUGUUUCACUUUUAUUGUAGUAAUAGGCACCAUGCUAUGUAUUUAUCUAUGCAUAGUUUAGGAGAGAAGAAGAUGCUGUCAAUGAUUCUGUAAUAUUUUCUUCAUUGUAGUGGCUAUGGAGUUGAAUAAGAAUUCACUGAUAUGUGUAGUAAUGAAUCUUUGAAACUAUAAUUUAUAAUCAGUAUUGGACAGUGCAAAUGAACAGGUGUCCUUUAAAAACGGACUUUUGUACACUUUGAGUAAAGAAUUACCUAAAAAAAGUAUAAAGUAGUUGUACAUUCAAAAUGUAUUAAAUUCCAUUUUUCCUUUGCUAUAUUUUGUAAAAUGUUUUUAUUGUAAAACAGUAUGCCUCUCACACAUGUCAAAUCAAAGCUCUUUAUUUUAGAAAUAUAUACCUAAUGUAAUUGGAAGCUUAUUGCACUCUCAUGCAAUGUAUAUAUUGUGACUUCAAAAAGUCUGUACUGAACUUUGCUCAAACUACUAGUAUGUGGAUUUCUUUAAAUUUAUUUUUAAUUAAUGAUAUGAAGGAUAAGAUCCUUUCUAAAUGUACUUUAAAAUUCACAAUAAAGUUUCAGAAGUUCUUUUGUACAAUGUU